AUGGGCCCCGGGCUGGAGCUGCGUCUGUUGGCUGCACCAGGACGCCACCCACCCUCCCACGUGGUGAUGCCAACGGCCACGUCUGUCACCUCCCUCCAGGGUCCUUGCCGCGGCCACCGAGCCACCAGCAUGUUCGGGCUCUGGGGUACCUUCACUAGCGUGGCCUUCUACCUCACCCUGGCCAUGGGCCUCGGGGGGCUGGUGGGGAACAUGCUGGUCCUGUGGCACCUCGGCUUCCACAUCAAGAAGGGCCCCUUCUCCGUCUACGUCCUCCACCUGGCCGCCGCAGACCUCCUGUUCCUGGGCUGCCAGCUGGGCUUCUCAGCCGUCCAGGCAGCCCUGGGCUCUGAGGACAGCCUCUAUGCCGCCGUCACCUUCGUGGCCUUUGCUGUGGGGCUGUGGCUGCUGGCAGCCUUCAGCGCCGAGCGCUGCCUCUCCGACCUCUUCCCCGCCUGCUACCAGGGCUGCAGCCCCAGACAUGCGUCGGGCGUCAUCCGCAGCCUGAUCUGGGCCCUGACCGCGCCGGCCGUGCUGCUCGCCAACACCUGCAGCCUGCUGCACGAGAGCACGCGUCUGCUCACCUGCCUGCGGUACCACGUGGCCAGCGUCACGUGGCUGUUGUCCCUGGCCUGCGUGGCCGGGCUCGUCCUCCUCGCCUGGGUGGCGGGCUGCUCCCAGCGCCAGCGCCCCCGUGUCUACGGCGUCGCUGGCUCCACGCUCCUCCUCCUCUUCUGCGGCCUCCGCUACAUCUUCUCCUGGACCCUGCACCUGAACGUCCCGCUGUCCGUGUUCCUCCCGCUGGCCACCCUCCUGGCCUGCGUCCACUGCAGCGCCAGGCCUCUCAUCUGCUUCACGUUGGGCCGGCAGCCGGGCAAGCGGGAGCCGCUGCGGGUGGUCCUCCAGCGGGCCUGCGAGGGGGCCCAGCUGGGGGCCGGGGGGCUGUCCCUGCCCAUGGGCCGCGUGUAG